UGUGACGUCAAGGCACAAGUGCCGCCGACCAUUUUUCUGGGAAUUUUAAGGUUGACAAAAUUGAAGAAACAACAAUUGUUGAAUGAUCGGAGAACUCUGAUAAAACAAUUCUAUCAUCUGGGGUUGUCAGAACAUGUUUGCGAUGAGACAUUUCACCGGAGCAGAAAAUAUUGAUUUAAAAAUGUCAUAAUUUAUCGGAACACACCAACAAAGACAACCGACAUUCUGUUGCGCAUUCCAAUAUUUUCGCGGCUGUUUAUUUAUUGUUGGAUAUACAUAGGCAUAGGCGAAUAGACUAAUUGCCGAAGAGGCUGAGCUAACGGUGCCACUUCCAACUUUUUCCGCAUGAAGGUCCGUUCUUUCCCUUCUUUCGCAAAGCUGCAUCAGACGAGCUGCCUCGCAUGAGCCACCUCGGGGCGAGUGUUCUGCUCUGCCUGCUCGGGGAAUCAGGAUGAGAAAACCCAAAGUUGGACGAAUGUUUCUGGCGACAUGCGUUGGGUCACUUUUUAUGGUCAUAUUGUACUUUCAGAACAUCACAAGGCCAGCUGUGGAGCAGUCUGGGGGGAAGGGCAUCGCCCCAGGGAAGACCAGGAGAAGUCCACUACAGACCCUCUACAACGGAGACCAGUUGGAUUUGUCUGCAGUGCAGACGUCUCUGCGUGGUCGGCGGGAGCUGCUGGAGCAGGCGUGUCUCACCCACACCAAGAAGCGACGGGUGUUGACCCCAGACGACCUCCGCCACCUCAUCGUGGACGAUAAGCAUGGCCUGCUGUACUGCUACGUCCCCAAGGUGGCCUGUACCAACUGGAAACGCGUCUUCAUGGUCCUGACGGGGGACGGACGCUACCACGAGCCCCUAGCCAUCCCUGCCAACGAGGCCCACGUGGCUGGCAACCUGCGCACACUGUCAGAGUACUCUACCUCCGAGAUCAACCGCCGUCUGCGCAGCUACCUGAAAUUCAUCUUUGUGCGGGAGCCCUUCGAGAGGCUAGUGUCGGCCUACCGCAACAAGUUCACCCGCAGCUACAACACGGCCUUCCACAAGCGCUACGGCACCAAGAUCAUCCGCCGGCAUCGGCCCCAACCCCAGCCGGAUGCGCUGGAGCGGGGCAACGACGUCUCCUUCCAGGAGUUUGUGUACUACCUGGUGGAUCCCCGCACACAGAGAGAGGAGCCCUUCAAUGAGCACUGGGAGCGGAUCCACUCACUGUGCCACCCCUGCCUCGUCCACUACGAUGUGGUGGGGAAGUAUGAGACUCUGGAGCAGGACUCCCGCUCUGUGCUGCGGCUGGCUGGCACUGAUGGGGAGGUCCGCUUCCCUACCUCAGGCAAGAGCACCAGGACCAACGGGGACAUGGCAGCUCAGUUCUUCCAAAACAUCAGCCCCUUUUACCAAAAGAAGCUGUACAACCUUUACCGCAUGGACUUCCUGCUCUUCAAUUACUCCAACCCAGAGUACUUGAAGACUAGAUGAGGGCGACUCUCUCCAUGUCAGCUAGAGAUUUAGUAAUCAAUCUGUUUGGCUCUGUAAUUUGUAAUUAAUCUGGGUGCGUAGAGCUUGUAAUUGAUGUUCCAGAUGUUAUUUAUACAGGCCUUGCCAGUAGGGGGAAUCACUACAUUGUCAGAUGUAAGAAGUUUAUGGGCAUAGGUGGCUGACCUUGGAGUCGCUAAUAUUUGCUUUAAUCCUCGUCAUGUGGCCUAGAUAAGAGAGAAGCAGGUUCUUCUUUUACAAUUGAAUGUGUCGAGGGUUGUCAAGAACUUGUUGUGUGUAUCACAGAAUCCCUCGACUAUGCCUUCUUCUUUAUUUAUACAAUUGUAAGAGUAUUUAUUGAGUCAUGGACAGAGCGCAUUGGGUGAGGACAUUCUAAUUCAUGCAUUUCUUUCUGCUUGCACAUACAGCAUGUUUCUUUGGCUCUUGGACAUCUUCUGUAGCCAAAAAUGUUCCUCUGGGGGACAACGGGUGUCAUAAAACUUACAUAAACCACCAAACAAAAGAAAGCAUAGUCCACAAAUAAAAAGAACGAAAAAAAAACCCAAUAUAAAUAAGCAAUUUACUCUCUAUUGACAGAAGUAUGAGGCUUGCACAGACCCAAUAUGAAUUGAACCAGUUUAAAUGGUAUAUCUUACAUCUUAAAAAAAAAAAAAACAGUGAAGUCCUCAUUCAUACUGUACCAUGUCACAAUUUUCCCACAUUAUAAAAUGAUUGCCACCUGUUCAUUGAUGUUACAUAAGCCACAGUUGAUAGUAAAUGUGUUCUGAUAAACAAUGUAUGCUGGUUAUAUAAAGCCUGGCAGGCAGAUUGCCUGCAGAUAGGGAGUUAAUUACAGAAAUGGCACAUGCUUUGCAGAGUCACCUCUUUAUUUAGCUCACGUCAGACUGAGCAAACGGUGCAUAGCUGUGGUUUGGGCCAAGGCAGCCCCUCAUCAGAGCACUCCUUGUUGAACUGUGGAAAGCCACCUAGGGCUAACUACCUACCUACAGGGGCACUACAUGUUAAAACCAGGUAGGCCAUCUGGUAAAAAGCAAAUAUUAAAUUACAUUUAUAGCAUGCCGUAUUUUUCUUGACUAUGAGAGCAGUAAAUAACAUGAGUUUUCAUGACUGUUGAUGUUAUGCCUCAUUGCAACCUUUUGGAACAAAGUUUGUCCAUAACAACGGUAUACUGUAUAGUGCAUUCGAAAAGUAUUUAGACCACUUCAGUUUUCCCACAUUUUGUUACGUUACAGCCUUUUCCUCAACAAUCUACACACAAUACCCCAUAAUGACAAAGCAAAAACAGGUUUUUAGAAAAUUUAGCAAAUGCAUAAAAAAUUAUAACUGAAAUAUCACAUUUAUAUAAGUAUUCAGGCCCUUUACUCAGCACCUUUGGCAGUCUUGAGUCUUCUUGGGUAUGAAGGCAACAAACUUAGCAUACCUGUAUUUGGGGAGUUUCUCCCAUUAAUCUCUGCAAAUCCUCUUAAGCUCUGUCAGGUUGGAUGGGGAGCAUCGCUGUACAGCUAUUUUCAGGUCUCUAGAGAUAUUAGAUCGGGCUCAUGUCUGGGCUCUGGCUGGGCCACUCAAGGACAUUCAGAUACUUGUCCGAAGCCUCUCCUGCGUUGUCUUGAUUGUGUGCUUAGGGGCAUUGGCCUGUUGGAAGGUGAGGUCCUGAGCCCUCUGGAGCAGGUUUUCAUCAAGGAUCUCUCUGUACUUGGCUCCGUUCAUCUUUCCCUCGAUCCUGACUAGUCUCCCAGUCCCUGCCAGUGAAAAACAGCCCCACAGCAUGAUGCUGCCACCACCAUGCUUCACUGUAGGGAUGGUGCAAGGUUUCCUACAAACAUGAUGCUUGGCAUUCAGGCCAAAGAGUUCAAUAUUGGUUUCAUCAGACCAGAGAAUCUUGUUUCUCAUGGUCUGAGAGUCUUUAGAUGCCUUUUGUCAAACUCCCAGUGGGCUGUCAUGUGCCUUUUACUGAGGAAUGGCUUCCGUCUGGCCACUCUACCAUAAAGGCCUGAUUGGUGGAGUGCUGCAGAGAUGGUUGUCCUUCUGGAAGGUUCUAUCAGAGUGACCAUCGGGUUCUUGGUCACCUCCCUGACCAAGGCCCUUCUCCCUUGAUUGCUCAGUUUGGCCGGGAGGUCAACUCUAGGAAGAGUCUUGGUUGCUCCAAACUUCUUCUGUUUAAGUAUGAUGGAGGUCACUGUGUUCUUGGGGACCUUCAAUGCUGCAGAAAUGUGUUGGUACCCAUCCCCAGAUCUGUGCUUCGGCACAAUCCUGUACAGAUAAUUGCUUGGUUUUUGCUCUGACAUGCAUUGUCAACUGUGGGACCUUAUAUAGACAGGGUGUGUGCCUUUCCAAAUCAUGUCCAAUCAAUUGAAUUUACCACAGGUGGACUCCAAUCAAGUUGUAGAAACUUCUCAAGGAUGAACAAUGCAAACAGGAUGCAUCUGAUCUCAAUUUAGAGUCUCAUAGCAAAGGGUUUGAAUACUUAUGUAAAUAAGGUAUAUAUUUUUUGUUGUUGUUACCCCCCUUCCCCCUUUUCUCUCAAUCUCCCCAACGGGCGUUGGAGGUGAAGGUCGAGUCAUGCGUACUCCGAAACAUGACCCGCCAAAUCGUGCUUCUUAACACCUGCCCGCUAAACCCUGCCAAUUGCAUCAAUGUGUAUUAGGAAACACCAUUAAACUGAAGACUGAGGUCAGCCUGUAGGCGCCUGGCCCACCACAAGGAGUCGCUAGAGAGCGAUGAGCCAAGUGGGGAAGGGUUUGCCCCCCCCCCCGGGCAAACACUCACCUAACCCGGACGACGCUGGGUCAAUUGUGCGCCACCAUAUGGGACUGCCGAUCACAGCCGGUUGUGAUACAGCCCGGGAUUGAACCCGGGUCUGUAGUGACGCCUCUAUCACUGCGAUGCAGUGCAUUAGACUAUUUUUAAUACAGUGGCAAAAAAAAAAAAUCCUGUUUUUGCUUUGUCAUUAUCGGGUAUUGUGUGUAGAUUUGAUGAGGUAACAUUUUUUUUUAAAUCCAUUUUAGGGCUGUAACUUAAUAACAUUUGGAACAAGUCAAAGGGUCUGAAUACUUGCACUGUAUUUACCUUUAUAUUGCAAACAGCAUUUAUUUGCUGACUUGAAAUAGAAAUAGCCUCUCCUAAGAGUUUCAAGUUUUAAAGUGUAUUUGUCACUUGCAAUAGGAAAAGGCAGGUGUAAAACAGUACAGUUAAAUGCUUACUUGUAUGUAAGCUCUUUCCCAUCAAUGCAGUAUUCAGUAUGAAGGUGAGUGGAAAUAAUAUAAAGGAAUAAUAUACAGUAUAAAUAUAAAGUAAGAAAACUCAUGAGAAGUAUGGAAAAACUACAUAAAAAAAACAUGAGAAUGCAAGUCAUAUACAGCAGUGCUAGUACCGUAAUGACAAUGUGCAGGAGUACUAGAGUAAUUGAGGUACAUGUAAACAGCGGUAAAAAGGUGACUGAUGGCAGGAUAAAUAAUAAUCAAUAUAGCAGCAGUGUAAGGGGUGAGUGAGUGGGUGUGUAAGUGGUGAUAUGUGUGGCGUCUGUGAGCGUGUGUAUGCGUCAUGGAGUGCAUGUCCGUGACUUAUAGACAAUGACACUGAAACAAAAGACUAUUGGAGAAAGACUAUUGUAUCUCAAGAUAAUAUGUUGGGUAGAGUUGCGCAUUCCGCAAGAGAGUUGUGUAUUCCGCAAGAGAGUUGUGCAUUCCGCAAGAGAGUUGUGCAUUCCGUUUGACAAAAACUUUGACAUAAGGCGCUAAAGUCGAGUGUUUGUUGUGCACGCCAGUUACUAAAACAAUGUAACUUGUUAGCUAUGUUUCUACUGUGUAUAAAGCCCCCCAUUUAAACGAACAUGCUCUAGCAAUGUGAAAUGUAUUUUUAGAAUAGCGAUCGAAGUGUUGGUAGAGAAUAAUCAUAUCAUUUAACCUAUCUCAUUUGUUUGUUUCCUUGUUGAUGUGCUGGUGUGCAUUACACAUUUCUCAAAUUAGUCUACGAGUCUUCUUUUUUUUAAUUGGUUGACGGGAAUAAGCAGCCAUGGAACAAGUUAUUGAAGUGUGUGUUUAUGUAAAACUGUUGUUUUACGCGUUUAUGGUAGAAAUGUAUUUUGGAGCUAUCAUGAUGGAACAUUCCUAGCAGGAGGGAGUUCCUGGAAGGAGUACUUAGGUGCUCAGUUGGCCUUUGCCUGGGGGAGAGCAGGCUGGGCAGGUAACAGGUUGGCUAGAGUAGAGCCACACUUGAGUUGGGUUACAAGCAAAGAGUUGUUGCCAGAAUAGUUUACACUGAGAAUAUCUUAGAUUUAUUCAAGUCUUUGUUAACCUCCUGUUUGUUAUUUUCUGUACAAAGUUUAUUGGCCAAUUUGUCCUGCACCUGUUACUAUUGUAAAUAAAAGCCUCUAAGAGAGGGGAGCACCAGAA